AUGAACAAGCUUACCAUUUUAUUACUAGUCAUCUUCGCUCUUAUCGCCAUUGUUAGCGGACAAGGUCUUGAAGCUAGUGAAGAAAGAGAUUUAUCAAGAAAGGCUGCUGCCAGAGACUUAUUGAAAAAAAGCUCAGCAAGAGAUCUUGGGAAAAGAAGUGCUUUCAGAGACUUAGUGAAAUAACAUGGAAAUAGAGAUCUAUUAAGCAAGAAAAGAGAUCUUGGUGAAGACAUUAGAAGAGAACUUAGGGGUGCAAAGAGAGUUUUGGAAUUCAGAAAUUUGAUACUUUGA